CAUAUUUAUACGCCUGAAAGCUUGCAUUGCAUUUAACUGACAUGGAUUUGAAAUGCAGACAAAUUUCCGACUUUCCAACUAUGCCUCCCCUUCCCCCUUCUAUUUUAGGGAACUGCGAAGACGGUUCUGAAAGUGUUGCUGGUGAAAACUACGCUGAUGUUAAUUGGGAGGAGCUUGGAUUUAGUCUAGUUCCCACAGAUUACAUGUAUGUCAUGAAAUGCGCAAAAGGAGAAAAGUUUUCACAAGGAUCCCUCAUUCGCUAUGGAAACAUAGAGAUUAGCCCUUCUGCUGGCAUCUUAAAUUAUGGACAGGGAAUCUUUGAGGGGCUAAAGGCAUAUAGGACUGAAGAUGGGCGCAUACAACUGUUUAGACCCGAAGAGAAUGCUCAACGCAUGAAGACAGGCGCAGACAGAUUGUGUAUGCCAUCACCAUCUAUUGAACAAUUUGUUGAUGCUGUAAAGCAGACAGUUCUUGCCAACAAACGUUGGGUACCUCCUCCAGGUAAAGGGUCACUAUAUAUGAGGCCACUGCUAAUGGGAACAGGAGCUUUGCUAGGUGUGGCACCAGCACCUGAGUACACUUUUCUUAUUUAUUGUUCUCCUGUUGGUUGCUACCACAAGGGUCUACUAAACAUAAAAGUGGAAGAUAGACUAUACCGAGCAAUAUCAGGCUGUGGCGGAACCGGAGGGAUCAAGAGUGUCACCAACUAUGCACCUGUUUAUACUGCAAUCACUGAAGCAAAGGCCAAUGGAUUCUCCGAUGUGUUGUUCUUGGACUCGGCAACUGGAAAAUACAUAGAGGAGGCCUCUGCAUGCAACGUAUUUGUUGUGAAGGACAACGUCAUCUUCACUCCUGAAAUAGAUGGAACCAUCCUGCCUGGGAUCACACGAAAAUCCAUCAUUGAAAUUGCCACUGAUUUGGGUUAUCAGGUCAAGGAACGUGCCGUAUCAGUGGAGGAAAUGCUAAGUGCUGAUGAAAUGUUCUGCACAGGAACUGCAGUGGUUGUGAACUCUGUUGCAUCUGUAACCUAUAAGAAAACAAGAGCGGAAUACAAAACGGGACCAGAAACUGUGUCUGAAAAACUACGCAAAACACUGGUUAGAAUUCAAACAGGGUGCGUUGAGGACAAAAAGUCAUGGACAGUCCAAAUUGAUUGAGCAAUGAGUACGGCC